AUGCACGCGUUUCAAAGACUUCCUACGUCUUUUGCAACACAGACACACACACCCCAACCUAUUGCAUCACCGCACAGAAAUCCUAGCAAUGCUUUGCAGAACAGAAAAGACACAGUCGGCUGGAGUAGGCGGUAAGGAAAAGACCACUCGGUUUCAGAGAGAGAGAGGGGGGUGUUUCGUAAAGGAGCAGAAGGUGGGAGGGAAAGGGCAGGCCCCCCCGCCUCCUCGUGACAAAGGGACCAAUAGAGUCGCGCCAGACGUAGGCUGAGCUUUUCUUUUUCUUCCUUUCUUCUCCGCCAGGCAGCGAAGGGGUUAAAAGCAGGAUCUGCUCUGACUGAUCAUUUUCAGCGAGGCUGUGCGAGCAGGACCGCAUGAGCAACUGCAGCAGCAGCAGCAGCAGCAACCGGCUACAUCAGCCUCAAACCUUUUCCUUUCUCUUUCCUUUGGACUUUUACCAAUCGGCUCCUGGGAGCGGAUCGGAGCAGCUGCUUUGAAUGAGAGAGUCGUCUCCUUGGGGAUCUUAAGUCUAUAUCGGUGAGGGGGGAGCAUUAUCGGUAUUACUAUUAAAUUUAAAUAUAUCCCUAUAUAUUAUUAUUUGUCCGGAUCCCAUCUUUGCAUUUGCCCACCAUCCCUGGAAUUGUGAGAGAGGAGCCUCCCCCCCUCCCCGCGCCCCACUCUUCAUAAAGAAGUUUUUCCCCAACAGAAAUGGCAACGAAAAUCGACAAAGAGGCGUGCAGAGAAGCGUACAAUCUCGUGAGGGACGACGGCACGGAUGUCAACUGGUAAGGCGCAGCUUUAGACUUGGGGUGAAAAUAAUAAUGACGAUUAAAGACCAGUGCAAAUAUAACAAAGAGACAAAAGAAAGGUAUCUUGGGGGCGGGGGGGGGGGCGGGCGAGCGAUCUCUUAAGCUUUAAAACCCAGCAGUACCACACCCCUUGGCUUAAAGACUGAAGCAGACGCCCGUGGACUUCAGCCUUGCUCCAUGUGCCCAUAUCCUUGACCGGUGGAUAUAAUCACUGGCAAAAAGCAUGCAGUUAUGAUGAAUGCCCCAGAGGUUAGCAUUAGGCCGCUUAUACACUGGUGGGGAAGAUUGGAAGUUGGGAAUCACAUUACUCAUCCCCCCCCUUAUGUCUAGUGUGUGAUCCAGUGUGUGUAUGUGUGUGUGUAGGAAUUUUUUUUCAUAGUCGAAAUGCAAAUACCUCCCCCACAUAUUUUACGAUGCUCUUUCCUCCCCCCACUUCUCCAAGGGUGACGUUUAAGUACGAAGGAUCCACCAUCGUCCCAGGGCACCAUGGAGCCGAUUAUGAGGAGUUCAUCAGGCAAUGCACAGGUAAGAAGACGGCAGAUGUACUGUACUUUCUUCCGAAGAUGACCUCAUAGGAUUGGGGGUGGGGAAAGGAAUACAAAAGGCUGAAUGAGAGGUGAGCUGUGGAUUGCAAAUGGUUUUUACAUCCCCCAAAUGUCUCAUUCCUCCAAGAUAGUUUGAAUGUCUGGCUUUUUACAUGAUCUCACCCUGGAUGUCUAAGCAGCCCAGUGGAAUGAUCUCAUUCAGCUAAUCCCUCUUUUGUUUCACCCUUGGCUUAAGUUGGGGAGGGGAUUCCUCCCCCCCUCCAAGAACAAUUUCUUCCUUUCUUCAGGAAAUGUUCUCCUUUUCAUUGCUGGAGUGUAAAUGGUGAAUUCUCUUUACUAGGGGCAUCUUUUUCUUGUAGGGGAAAACAUCUUAAAAUAUAAUGCAAUUAAAGUGUAAAGCAAAUGGAGUUUUGUUUUAAACCUCCCCCCCCCAAAAAAACUUCAAACUAAUGAUGGCAGCUUUCAUUACUUUUUUCCAUUGGUGACCCCCUCCUAUCUCUCUUUUUGGUCUUUUUAAAGUUAUAAACUUUCACCCAAGAACCAGCAAUCUUUUGGGGAUGAAAAGGCAAUGAAUGUAGAAUCCAAAAAUUGUUGUAUUAAUUAAUUCAGCAAUCCACCCAUUUUAUUUAUUUAUUUGAUUUUUUUAAAAAAAAAACCCUGAUCAUCUCCCCCCCCCCCCCCGCCAAAGAGAGAGAGUGUGUGUGUCUCCCAGAAUCCUAUGAAUCACAGUGAUGCCUUCAGGCUUACAAUCUAAGAAGACAUGCCAUAAAAGGAAAAUGAGUUGGGAAGGAGAAGGAAAUAAGCUUUGUUACAAGAGGCUGGAGGAUGGUGGGCUUUUUUGUUUUGGGCUGUUGUUGUUUUCUUACAGGAGGUUAUACCUUCUUGUUUGCAUCCCUUGUGUGCUUAUGGAGCAGCUCCCUCUGUUGAAAACACCACCAAAGUCCUAAGCACACAUUCCCUCUCUUUGUGCAUCUGUGCGUACAUGGAGCUCUGUGUGAAUAUUUUGUGGCAGUGGUGGGUUCUGGAGCAAUAGAAAGCUCUGAAAAUGAAACACACUGCAACUUUUUAAAAUAAAAAUAAUUUCAUACAUUUAUACCCCAACUUCCUGUUACCACGCCUCCAUGUAAGCUUAUAAAACCAGCAUAUUGCUGCAGUGCUAAGGAGCAGAGCCCACUAGGUGCAAUGGAACUUCCUUCUGAGUAAACAUGCAUAGGGUUGAACUAUUUAUAAAAUAAACAAGAAACUAUUUAUAAAAGAAAUAAGGAACUGUUUAUAAAAGAAAUAAAAUAGUUUAUUUAUAAAAUAUUUAUAAUAUCAUUUUUUAAUUAAAAAAAACCCCCUAAAAUCUAUCCAGCUACACAAUCCACUAAAAGAAAUGGCAGAAGCAACGGGAUAGCAAUUAGGGUAACACAAUUAUCUAUAAGAUGCUCAAGAAACCAGUGGAUUGUCCACACUUCUGCUUGUCCUGUGUCUGGAACUUGAGAGGUUUUCCGCUUGUCCCACUGCUUUCCUCCAGGAAAACUCUUUACUGCUGAAUCUGAGCAAACGUCAAUCCGCUGAAAACCCCACUGACAUUUCCUCCAAUUCUGCAGUAAAGAGUGGGUUUUCCUGGAGGAAAGCGCUGGGACAAGCGGAAGUGUGGACGAGCCCUUUGUCAAUUUUGAGUUGGCAUAUAAAAGAUAGAUCGGUCAAUGCUAAAUGAAUAUUUCUGGGCAGCUAUUGCUUGACCAGGGCACCACAUGGAAAAGGCCCUUUCCCUGCUCCUCAGCAAAUGCACCUGUAUUAAUAUUAGUGUUCUUAAUUUGGUUUAUUUAAUUACUCCAGGGUACCUAGAGUGUAUAGAAGAGAAGGCAGUCCUUCAGAUACCAUUUAGAGCUAGCUGGAAUGUUGGGCCCACAAGAUACUGGGGAAGUGAUUCAGACAAGUUGCUUUGUAUGCAUUUCAGAUCAAAAGACUUGUGUCUUAAAAUACAGCUGGACACAGUCUUAGAGAGCGUGUCAAUUGCAAUUCUAUGAACUUUUGGGUCACCUGCUUCCAGGGGGCUUUUUAUAUAUAAAUGUGGCUGUGAAACGGAGGGCCUCACAGACUUCUGGGCAGCCUUCUAAGGGCCACAUGCCAGGGGUGGGGGUGGGCCAGAAGCAAAUGUGAGCACAUCAACCAAUGGAAAUUGUACAGUAGGCUGGUUUCUAGGCACAUGCAACACACCCCUCUUCCUCCUCCAUCCAGGUAAGCAAGAAACAUUAUCAGAGUUCAAGGACACAUUCCACCAUGCAGAAGCCAUUGGGGGGCUGUGAGGGGUGUGGCCUGGAGGCAUUUCUGAGGACCAGGGAAAGAGGCCUAGUGGGGCACAUUCAGCCCUGCAAUAUUGGCUAGAUACCAAGACACAUUGCACCAGGACGUCUAAAAUGGAAAGAAAGAAUAACGUCUUGCUUUGCAGAGGAAAGUGAAAUUGGAACAGACAGUCCAGCGGAUUCCUUAUCUAGAGCCCUAUACGAGUGUUCAUGUGUGGCUCAGAGUGCUGGGGAGAAAGCAGGUGUGUGCCUGCUAGCUCUGCUCCCCACCUGGUAUUCCAGUCAUCCUACACAACUUGGAGGGCAGAGAGCUGAAACAGGGAACAGCCUGUACUUGCAGAGGCUCCCCCUACUCAUUCUAUAAGACUGGGGUUCAAAAAUGUGAUACCAUGAGUGACAGGAGGCUUCUCCACUGCAGCAGCCCUCCAACUUGUGAAGGACAACGUGGGUGGAGCCAGAACAUUUGUGAACACCAGAAUAGGGAUUUUGUAUCAGUCACACAUCAAUCUGCAAGGAGGAGUGAGCUGUUUUGUUUGAGUCACACACAUGUAAGGAUCACUGAGUCACACCAUCUUUGAUUUGGCUGGGAGAAAACUGAUUUGGAUUUGCAGGUUGGGCAACAGAGCUGAUGUGGUCUUGGGAGCCGCAUGGCUCAAGUGUGUGCUUCCUUCUACAGUAUCAUAAUACCUACUCAGCCUACAUGUCUGUAGGAAGAUGGAGUUGUAUACGAUGCUUGUACUCAGAGCAGACCCACUGAAAUUCAUAGGCAUGAGACUUAAUGUAGGGCACUUCCAGAUUGUGACUUUUUUCAGGUGGGAUAGUCAAUCACACAGGUGAUUUGGGUGGUGUUGCACAAGAAACCUGCUUCCUUUUUUUGUACUGGAAAGCAUGGAAUGCAACAUUGUCUAACCCCCUGCACACAAAUCAGAAUGCAUAUUCAAUAAACAGGUUGUCUGGAAGUGACCUGAAGUCCAUCAGUUUCAAUGGGUCCACUCUGAGUUAAAACUUAGUUGGAAUACAACCCAUUAUUGCAAAAGAGAUGUUCACUCUCCAGUGUUUUCUCCUUUCCAAAGCCUGCACAGAACUUCAUAUUGCUUGCAGAAGGGGCGAACACUUGCACCAUGAAGCAAACUUGCCCACAAAAUUAUCCCAACCUCCAAGUAUUGCAUCUUGAGCCUGAACAAUUUCCUUAUUAACUUCCUCUGUUUAUUUGCAGAGCUGUACAUAGUGUUUGGCUCUGUUUUUUUCCAUCUGGGAGGCAGUCAGUGGUUCCUGCUUGUCUUUAGAUUUAGAAUAACAAAGCAGAAGCAGAAUGGCUCAGCAGGAAAGCAGAAAAGAUGUGUGUGGCUUUGUCAGAGAAUGAAUGACUUUGUAUGAAUCUUUUGAGGAAUGGCUUCAUGUGCAUCUGUUUAUUCAGGCAGGCGGUUGGGUUUCCCCCUCCUUUCCCCAGCCAAUAACCUUUGGAGGGGGUGCCACCCCCUUCUUAUGGAGCAUCAGUUCACAUGAACAGAGACAAACAGCACAACCUUGCAAGGAGAAUUUGCCUCCCAAAUGCUGUGUGUUUCCUGUGAGGAAAUGUUUUCAUUCCGAGGGCCACAUUCAAUUCUAGGUAACCUGCUGUGGGCCACAUGCUGGUGGUGGGUGGAGCAAGUGGCAAAGUGGGUAGAGCAGGGGUCAGCAAACUUUUUCAGCAGGGGGCCGGUCCACUGUCCCUCAGACCUUGUGGAGGGCCGGACAAUAUUUUGAAGAAAAAAAUGAACAAAUUCCUAUGCCCCACAAAUAACCCAGAGAUGCAUUUUAAAUAAAAGGACCCAUUCUACUCAAGUAAAAACACACUGAUUCCUGGACCAUCCCAGACUGACAGGGCAAUUGGGCCGGAUCUGGCCCCCGGGCCUUAGUUUGCCUCCCCAUGGGGUAGAGUAACAAAUGCCAAUUUCCCCAUGGUGCAGGAGGGUAGUUUCAACACACACUCAAACAUGCAUGAGGAGAGAGCGAGGAAGUUCCCCAUGGCACAGCCAAAAAUCAUUGGAUACUGUCCUGCACCUACUUUACUGUUUUUUUCUUUGGGGGGAAUUGGGGUUGUGGUCAAAGUAGGCCCUCAAACUGAAAGUUAGGCACUCCUGGGUCAGGCCAUUAGGUAUAGCAUGUGCUACAAUGAAAAAUCAUAGACUCAUAGGAUUGCAGAGUUGGAAGGGACCCUAAGGGACAUCUAUUCCAAACCCCGCAAUGCAGGAAGUACAGCUGAAGAAUCCCUGAAAGAUGGUCAUCCAAUCUCUGUUUAAAAACCUCUGGUGAAGAAGUGUCCACUGUCAAACAGCUCUUCCUGCCAGCUUUCUAAUCUUUAGUUAGGAUUUCCUUUCUUGUACUUUGAAUCCAUUGGUUCAGGUCCUACCCUCUGGAGCAGCAGAAAACAAGCUUGCUCCAUGUGACAGCCCUUUAGAUAUUUGAAGAUGGCUCUUGCAUUCUACUUCUCAGAGCAUGUUACAUCCAUGCCUCUCAUAUGCACAGCAUCUGUCUUUCUGGUGGCUUUCAGAUGGGUUCCCUCCCCCCCCCCCGAAAAAUAAAGGAAAUGGCUAGAAUGUGUUUGAAGCUAAUGUGCAAUCAACCCCAUCCUGUUUCAAGAACUCCUCUUGCAGGGCCUGGAUGGCUCUCUGUGGGCUCCUUGAGCCUUAACUAAGGAUUUAAUUCAAGGCUUUUGAGCCUGCUCCCUUUGGUCCAUGAGGGAUGGCAUCCCUCCAGAGGCAGCAUUAAUAAUGGGCAUCUGUGAGCCAUCAAUCCACUUUGAAACUAGGGAAGGGUGCAUUUCAGAAACGUCUGCGAUAACCUUCAAUGCCUUUCCAUCAUCCACUUUUUGUAAAAAUAACACUUUAAUGCACUUAUAAUUGAGGUUAAAAAUGAGGUCACUAAGUGGGAAAAGAUCUGAUUUUAUAGGGCACAUUUAAAAAAAGAAAAGAAAAGAAAGGACAGGGAUUAGCCAUCACUUGACAUCUCCAGAUUCAAGCCGUAUUCUUAUAGAAGGCAUAUUUUUUGGCCAACUUUAUUGAGAUAUAGCAGAUUGUUAUGGCUCUCUGUUUGAGUGGGAGGUUGGCCUGGUUGCAAGGCUCAUUUGAUUAAAAGCUUUUCAAAUGACUGAAAAAAAAUCAUUCAUUUUUUAAAAAAGUUAUCCUGCCACACCUUCCCUCACCUACCUGGGAGUGAGACUCAUUGCAAUGGAUCCAGAUUCACUCAGUUGACCUUAAGUCAACUCAUUGAUUUCAGCAGACACUAAGUCAUGUGUUACUUAAUACUAGGACUUAGAGACAUUCAAUGAAGCUGAAUGUUGGAAGAUUCAAGACAGACAAAAGAAAAUACUUCUUCAAACAGUGCCUAGUUAAAUUAUGGCAUUUGCUCCUAUUGGAUGUUGUGAUGGCUACCGAAUUGGAUGGCUUUAAAAGGAGGUUGGACAACCUCCUGGAGGAUAAGGCUAUCAAUGGCUAUUAGUCAUGAUUACUGUGUAGUGCCUGCACUAUCAAAAGUAUUAUGUUCUGAAUACCUGUUCUAUACUGGGAAGCGUGGAUGGGAGAGAGUGAUAAGCACUUAUGUCCUAGUCAUGGGCUUCCCACGGGGCAUCUGGUUGGCCGCUGUGAGAACAGAGUGCUGAACGAGAUGGGCUAUUGGCCUGAUCCAGCAGGGAUCUUCUUAUGUUCCUAACUUGUCCCAUUGCGUUCAAAGGGAACUAAAGGUUUUAACUCGAUGGGGCAUUGGAAGAAGCUUCCCAUACAGACGUUUGCUUUUUAAUUAUUUCAUUUCUGUACUGCUUGUCAAAAAAGAAAAAAGAAAAGUGAAGUGGUUCACAAAUAAUAGCAUAAAAUAGAUAAUACACACAACUGAAACCAGCCUAGCUGAGAGUAAUAAUAAUAAUAAAAGAACACCAAGAUAUAUUGCGUUUCGUAGACCAUUCAAUCAGUUAGUGGUCUUUGUGCCCUCCUUAGGUACUGGAUAGCUCAGCUGGUUAGUGAGUGAUGCUGAUAACGCCAUGGUUGCAGGUUCGAUCCCCAUAUGGGACAGCUACAGAUUCCUGCAUUGUAGGGGGUUGGACUAGAUUAUCCUUGGGGUCCCUUCUAACUCUAUGAUUCUAUGAUUUCUGCCACACCAGCACAGUGACCCAUAGCCCACAGUGAAUAGCUGCACCUCCAGCAAUACAUUGCCACAAAGAGGGUGCCACAACCAAAAAAGCCUUCACUUGGGCCCAGGACUGUGACCACAAAGAGGGCUCCCUCCACAGAACUGAACUGGUGGACUGGCAAGUACUGAGAGAGGUGCUGGUCUAUCAGUUAUUUGGGCCAAACCAUUUAGGGGAUAUUCAGCUGCUGCCAGCCAAGUGGGCCAGUUCAGCAGAUAGUCAGGGAUGUUGUUAGGGUGUGGUACAUGGACCCUGGAACUCCUGGCACUUCUGCCUCCUUUUUAUUUUUAUUUUUAAAAAGCUUUGCUUACAGGGCCACUUCUGAAAGUCAAUCUAAACUUAGUCUCUGUAUUUAUAAAAGAACCUGCGCAAAUUGUAUGCAAAUUCGUGCCAUGGUCGUGUGCCCUUGGGUCUUCUAAGGGCCUAGCAGUGCCCUUGAUGCUCAAGAAGCAAAGCAGACCUCAGUCACUCCGAAAUGACUAGCUAAGAUCUUUGGCCGUGUGGCUUGAUGAGGAUCCUCUCUCACUCCUAAGGUCUGCAGCGGAAAGCUUUUGGCAGGAGGAAAAUAUGCAAGGGUUAAUGGUUUACCCUUUGGUUUCUAAUCUUCUCCCAACUUCUGCUUCUGCUGCCAGCCUCCCUUUUUCAUGUUUACUUUAAAGAGUAAGCCUGUAAGAAAGAAAGAAGGAAGAAGAAGAAGAAGCAAGAUGAACCCUCCUUAUGGCAAUGAUUGUGGUUGCGUUUCUCAUUGACAGGCUGUUCCUGUCUGCCUGCAAAUCAUUUCCCACCUCCACCCCCUCCUUUUCUCUCUGCCUUUGCAAAAUGCACCUCCCUAGGCUGUCAGGCAGAUGCCAUUUCACUUGUUCCUCUGCUUUCCCAGUGGCCAUCUGGAAUUGGGUUUUGAUUCUUCGUAAAAUGCAAAAUCUCUCAUUGCAAGGCCUUCUUCUCAGACAUGUUGUUUCCACGAACACGCAAACGUAAAGGCACGCACGCACACACUUUAUUUAAAACAUUUAUUUCUUUGUAAGAUUUCUUAACAUGCCUUUCACUACGAGGUCCCAGGGCAGGCUGCAACAGUUUAAUCUUAUGCCUGUAAAAACAAGUACAGCCCUUCCAAGCAACAGUACAGGAUGAUACCAUAUCAGAGGUGGGCAGCUAUUUUGUGUUUUUACUAGGACCCACCCUCCACCAAUCAGAACCAGUGUAAAAUAGAGGCUGGUGUGGGUGGGAGGUGCAUACACUUACAAUGAACCAUCAAUAUACUUCUGAACCACCUCUCAGUCCUUUCACACAAAAAGUCCACUCCUGGUUUUCCUCCAACCUUUCUUUUAGCACUUUGAUUUAUUAGUAUAGUAUUAGUUAUUGCUUUUGUUAACCUUUUAGAGUGAGAAAUGCUUGCCUGGUCUUCUGUAAAUCACCAGGCCGGCAAUCUUAGCUACUCUUACUUGGCAGUAAGCCCCAUUUAACAUAGUGGCACAUACUUCCAAGUAAACCAUCUUAAGACGGCACUAUGUUUUUUUUACCUGUCCUUGCACUAGAACAGGGGUAGCCCAUCUGAUGUCCUCCAGAUGUUGGACUCCAACUUGUACCAGGCAGCAUAACCAGCAUUCAGGGAUUAUGGAAACUGUAGUCCAGAGGGUACCACAUUGGCUGCAUCUGCACUAGAAUAUUUCAGGUUUAUUGGAAUAAAUUGUGAUCCUGGGUGGUUGAGAAUUGACCUGCCCACUCAGGAAACCAGUUUGGUGGGGGGGAAAUGCCACCUACUGAUAAGUGAGCAAUGAACUUUGGAAGAGCUGAUUAAGUUGUGUGUCUUUUAGGUGUGAAUUGCAUGGUUACUCACUCGUGUGCAAAGUAGCCCCAAAGAGUCUGCUUAGAUGUCACUAGUCUGCAAUCCUCAAUACAUCCGCUAGGGACUAAGUAAGCCUCAUUGGACGCAGUGGGACUUACUUCUGGGUAAAGACACAUUGCCCUGUAAGUCUCUUGGUCACAUCACCACCAUACAUUUAAAGUGCAUGGCUUCCUCGAAAGAAUCCUGGGAACUAUAGUUUGUUAAGUGAAUUGUAGCUCUGUGAGGGGUGUGUGGAUGUGAACAAUGCCUGCUCAUUAGUAGCAGAAGAACCUUUUGUUGACGAGUCUUAGGGCUUUUCCACACACACCAAACAUUUAAAGCACAACCAGCGCCUAACCCACCUUGCAGGUUUGUUGUGUGAUAUAUAUUUUUAAAAAAAUUCUAAAAGGAAUCUGGGGGGGAGGUGUCUUCUAUGGCUGCAGUCACACAGCAGGUCUCCCCCAUUUUCACAAUGUUUCCCUAAUUCGAGCUCCCCCAAAUUCCAGAAACACAGUAGCGUAUCAUGCUAGUUUAAUGCUCAUUUCUGCGUUGUUCGUUCCCAAAUAAAAUCUGUGUGCAAAGAACACAUAAAUGAGUGCUAAACUUGUGUUCACUAUGUUGCUAGAAGUGCCCAUUAUGUUCUCUGGAAGCUCAAAAAGAAUAUGGAAGUUCAGAAUUAGGUAAACAUCUUGCAAAGUGAAUACUGUAAACUGCUGUGGGAAGGCAGCUUGCAUUGGGUCCAUUCAUCCUGGCAUUAUCUGUGAGACUUCCCAUUUUUUGUUUAUUUUGGACCUCAGCAAUGUAUUUUCAGCAACUGGCAAGGAAAGUGGCUUACCUCCCCUCACCCCGCCUGCUUUUUAUUUUUUGCAUGAUGACAGUGGCAUUUCCUCUUUCAAAGGGAAGUUGCUUUCUUACAAAAAUACUUUGUUGCAAGCAUUGCAGAAAUGCCAGCCAACUGUGGAAGAGUGAAUUAAACUCCUUUAAGGGCUGGUGGUGGGGAGGCUGGCACAGGGUGUUUGGGGCAGGUUGGGGGGGAGGGAGAGGCUUCCAUUAGGAAUUUAGAGUGAGUUUAAGAAGAAGGUUGAGACUGCAGUCCUGCCCCGUUGAAACCAAUGGAACUUACUGCUAAGAAGACUUGCAUAAGAUGGCACUGAGAGGUGGUAGCAGGGGGCUGCAGUAUCCUUCAAAUAUGUGAAGUGUGUCUGUGUAUGUUUCUGCAAGAGCCUGUCACACAAACCUUUGGUUUUCUAACCUUCUGGGAAAGGGGUGGGGAAUCUUUUUCACCCCGAGGGCCACAUUCCCUUGUGGGAAGCUUUCCGGGGGCCACAUGUUGCUGGUGGGUGUGGCUAGAGGAAAAAAGAUGUCGCUCUUUGUAGGCUACACUGCACAACUGCAUCGCGCAUUGAAAGCACAUUCAAUGCACGUUGCUUCCCCGACCCAAAGAAUCCUGGGUACUCUUAUUUUCCCUCUCAGAGCUACAGUUCCACUUGUGACACAUCAUGCCAUCUUUAGCAUAUGUUCUGCCGGGGUGCAAAGAUCCACCCAGCCCCCCCAAAUUUAGUUUAGCUCCCAAAUUAACUUUUAUUAUGCUUAUGUCAUAUGUAGUAGAGACCUAAGUACUAAGUAGUUAGUCAAAGAAAAUGCUGACAAUUAGCGGGGAAAAAACAUUAUUUUUUUAACGAUUUCUCUAAAUGACUUUGAACUGUAAGUGAUGAAAUUAAAAUGCACCAUUGUGAAUGACAAGUGCCGCCACUGGUGCGGCGCCAGUACAUCUUUGGUCAAUGAGCGCACAAAGUCGAAAGUCCUUUAGUGAAACAGUAGGUAUACAUUUUGUUAAUACCCAGGUAUAUAUGUAUUUUGUUUUUCUAGCUCGAUCAAAAUUAUUUAUUAUUUCAUAACAGGUAGAUAGUUAAGAGCUUAGGUGGCUUCAGCGGCGGGCGUCUGGCAUCCCCCCCCCAGAAUUCGGUGCCCUGGUGCCCUGCACCCCUUGUACCCCCAGGCAAAGACAGCCCUGACAUCAUGUACUGUAUUCAGAUGGUGUCAGAGCCAGAAAACGGAUCCUCCAAAGAGGAGCUUAGCACUUGGAUAGAUUCACAGAGCAAUAGGCAAUCCUUAAGGAAGGGUUGGGGAAUCUGCGGCCUGUUGGACUCCAGCUCCCAUCAUCCCAGGCUGCUGGCCAUGUUGGCUGGGGCUGAUGGGAGUUGGAGUCUGACAUCUGGUGGGCCACAGGUCCCCCCCCCCGUCCCUGACUUAAGGUAUCCUAGGUCUAGGCUCAUUGCAUCUGCAAGCUGUUUGGUUACACAUUCUUCAGCUAGGCUUAUUUUACUCCACCAGCUUUGUAACCUUUUUUUCAUUUUUUCUCCCCAUCCAGAUGACAUUCGGUUGUUUGGCUUCGUCCGAUUCACUACUGGUGAUGCCAUGAGCAAGAGAGUCAAGUUUGCCCUGAUCACAUGGAUCGGUGAGAGUGUCAGUGGUUUGCAGAGAGCCAAAACCGGGACAGACAAGACUUUGGUUAAAGAAGUAGUACAGGCAAGUUUAACUAUUACUAAUAUUAGUCGUUGUGUUGUUGUGUUUCUAUACCGUAAACCACCCUGUGACCCUUGGAUGAAGGGGGCGGUAUAUAAAUUUAACAAAUAAUAAAAAUAAAAAUAGUAGUAGUAGUAGUAUCCCUACUCGUGCGCCUUUCACAGCAGCCUGUAUUUACAUAUGUGUAAGAGGAUAAGUUUGCAUGAACAUCCUCAUGCAUGUUCUACAUAUUAGCCUUGAUGUUCCCCCUCCACUUAGUAAUAGGCCCCCUGGAUCUCCAGGUCCUGGAAGAGUAUCCAUUUCCCCUUUCUCUCUUCUCCAUGCUUUGUGGGGAGCAUUUGGCUUGACAGUGAAAUUGAGGAGGCUAGAGCUAUACUGGCAACUCGGAGUAUCUUGCAUUUGACAAUGUUGAAUUUUACAUCUCCUGGUCAUUCUCCUUUAGUCUCCAAAACGUAUUUAAGUUACUUUAUCUGCUGCUUCUUACCAUGGCUUGGUAAUGUGCAUAAUGGCAAACCAUGGUUUAGCAUUAAGUCACAGGCAUGCAUACUUCCCUCCUUUCCCCCUUUUCUACCAGGUCCAUGAGAAGGAGAUCAAGUGCUGCUACUUCUGUUUUGGAUUAACCACAGUUUAAUGUGACGACCGGACCCUAAACUGUGGCUAAUCUUAGCUACAGUUAGUGAAAACAAUCCAGCCUCACAAACUGUGGUUGGCUUGCUUCCACUAACCUCAUUUAAUACUUCUCCCAGUUCAUAUAUCAAGAUAAGCUUGUGACCACACCAGAGGAGGAAGAAAGGUGCAGACCCACUGUAACACUUCUAACAUUGCUAAACCAUGGGUAGUGAAUGUGGUGACGUCAAGAUGUUGUGGACUAUAACUCCCAUCAGCCUCGGACAGAGAUGAUGGGAUUUGUAGUCAAUUACAUCUGAAGGAUAAUUUGUUGGCUAAACCAUGGCUUGGUGUUACAAGUGAACACAGUUUGUUUUAUUGUAUUUUAUUGUCAUGUCAUUUUAUUGUCUUAUGUCAUUUUAUUGUGUGGUGUUGUUGUUGCAUGUUUGUAUUUUUUGGAUGCAUUUUUCCCCAGGAUGCAAUUUUUAAAAGAUAAAUUCAGAUUUCAAAAAACAGAUCUCCUUACUAUAUAUUUGACAUGACUGCACACAAUUCCAUCUUUCCUGGAUUGUUCUGGGCAAACCAGUGAGUGUCACUUGGCUAAUCUUGUGCUGUCAUAUGAACAAAGGAAGCUGUCUUACACGGAGUCAAGCCAUUGGUCUGUAUAACUCAGCGUUGUCUGCCCUGACUGGCAGCAGCUCUCCCAGGUCUCAGGCAGGAGUCUUUCUCCCAGUCCUGGGAGAACUUCCAUCAACCCUAGCCGGUGUGCCCAGUGGUCAGGGAUUAUGGGAGCCAUAGUCCUGAACAUUUGGAGGGUGCCAGGUUGUUUGUGUCCCUGCAGCCAACCAAAGGUCCAUCUGAUCUGAAGUUAAAUCCGGUGCCUCUGAGUAAAUUGCAAGGUAACCAGGCUUCCCUCUUUCUUUACCACUGAGUCAUGGCCCUUUGAUUCCAGAAGACUGGAAACACCCCAGAUAAUUUUAUCUGACUGUGUGCAGGCUCCAGGGGCUGUUCUUCCAGUCCAAACUAAUUAACAAGCGAGCAGCUUUUAAUAGUUAACUAGGAUAUAGGAACGGCCUCCUGUUUGAUGUUGGACGGAAACAGGAAAACAGUGGUGUGUGUGCCUAAUCCUUUCCUGAUGGGAGUUCAUCCUCCCACAGAAUCAGCUGCAGUUGCUAAUAAGCACAAGACAACUUGUCAUUAUUUCUUUUAAACACAUCAGGGGCAACUUUCAGCCAAAGCUUCCAAUAUUUUGGAAUUAACACUAUAUGUUUGUAAACCACUCUUGUGAUCCAUGGGUGAAGGGAGGUAAAGAAACUUUAUAUAUAUAUUUCCAAAAAACAGCAGCAUCAUUAAAUACCUCAACCAUUUAAAAGAAAGUAAAAUCAAGUGUAACAAUAAAGCAACAAUACGACUAAAGUGAAACCAGCUGCAAAACAGCAAACAGUAGCAAUAAAACAAGAAACCACCAUUAAUAUCUGUUAAAAGUCUGGAGUGAUAAACAUGUAAGGGGAAGGGCUGUAGCUCAGUGGUCAGAGCACCUGCUUUUCAUGCAAAAGGUCCCAGUUUCGGUUCCCAGCAUCUCUCAGUAGGGCUGGGAGAAACCCUCCUCCCAUCUGAAACCCUGGAGCAGUCAGUGUUGGCAGUACUGAACUAGAUGAAUGUCUCUGUAUCAGGCAGAUACUAUGUUCCUAUUCCUGAGAUAGUGCUGAAAAGAUUUAAAGAGUCAGUGCUGGUUGAGGACAUUCUACAGCCAGGGCACCACCACUAACAAGGCCCUGUCUCCAUUUGCCACUCAACUACUUAUGGGACAAGCGGUAAAAACAGAAUGCGAUCUCUUAAGGGCCCUUCAGCAACUUCAGUCAAAAAGCUGCAGAGUGCCCAAGAACUUGUAUCUUUUUAUUUGGAAUAGUCAAAGCAUACCAUCCCUAUGGAAUCUGCCUAGAGAACGAAUGGGGGAACCUCUUUUAGCCCAAAGGGCAACCUUCCAGGAGGUGCUUGUUAGUGGUGGGUGAGGCCAGAAGAAAAGUAGGUGCAGUAAUCAUCUGGCCAGCAGGUGAUAUUCCAGUCAUGCAAAAGCCACAGGUUUCUACACACUUGAUGCCACCCACUUUUGCUACUGGUGAUGCCACCAGAGCUUGUUUUACAUAGCUGUUGUUUCGACGGAAUGAAGGAAACAGAGGAAGUCCAGCGAAGCUGUGCUUGUAUACACGGGACAGACGCCUUUCUAAUUCAGAAUGUGGCAUUUGCACAUGUUCUUAAUAGCCACCCCCCCAAAAAAAACAAGACUUCCAGAUUAAGGAACCGUGGCGUCCCUUAGCAAUUCUGAUUCAUUGCAGCAGUCAGUGGAUCAAAUGAGAACUUCGGACGGAACAUUUGCUGUCGGCUUCUCCACAUCAUUACACAGACUUUGCCUGCUGCUGCUGUUGUCUUUGUGAAGCGAUUCAGGUUGUUGCUGCGUCCCGGCCUCCUGGCCUAAAAUAAAUGGCUGUGCUUGUUUGUGGUGCCCAUACGCUUUGGAACAAACACAAAGGCGGCAAUUCAUUCCUGGGGCACAGCCGAGGUCAGGAUGGGAGGACAGAGAGGUGGGGGCAGAGAGGCGAGCUGAGAGGCUCUUGUCCUCGGAAUGCGUGUCUCAUGCCUGGAAUUUAAGAGGAGCUAGAAACAACGUCUGUGCAUCAAACAGAGGAGAAGGAUUUCACGAGAAGCUAUGAGCGAUGGUCCAGGGAAACUGACGUGACCACCUGCCUGGUGUCCUUGUAGCUUCUGAUGCUCCAAUGAACAUGAGAACGGAGCCCUGCUGGAUCCAAUCAAGUGCCCCAACUAGUCCCACAUGCUGCUUCCUAUGGUAGCCAACCAGAAGUCUCUGGCAGGGCUUGUAGGCACAUGAUAUGCAGCAAGGUCAGCAAGAGGCAAGGGCCAUAGCUCAGUGGUACAGCAUCUGCUUUGCAUGCAGAAGGUCCCAGGUUCAAUCCCUGGCAUCUCCAGGUAGGGCAGGGAGACAUAUAUUAAUUUAAUAAUAUUAAUUUAUUAUUUAUACCCCUCAUCUGGCUGGGUUUCCCUGUCUGAAACCCUGGAGAGUCACUGCUAGUCAGUGUAGACAAGUGUCCUAAGUCCUGUGAGGACAUUGUAGUGGUUGGGGGUCCAGAUGAGGAAGAGUUGGAGGAGAUCAAUGUUUAAACCAGGCACUGAAAAACAAAAUACUUGAAAUAUUGUACAACUGCUUAAGAGAUUUUUUUUAAAAAAAAUACUAAGCAGUUUAUUUAUAAGAAAAUAAAUAAUAAAUACUAGGAUACAGAUUUAACUGGCACCAGGAACUCAUCAGGCCACAUUGGCCAGGGAAGGGCAUUUUUCAGCCAUCGUGCCACUACAGAGAAUGCUCCCAGUAUCGGAGUUGCAGUCCAGCAACAUCAUAGGAAAAUAGGAAGCUGCCUUAUACCAGAUCAGACCAUUGGUUCAUGUGGCUUAGUAUGGUCUACACUGACUGGCAGCAGCUCUCCAGGGUUUCAGGAAAGGGACACUCCGAGCUCUACCUGGAGAUGGCAGGGAUUGGACCUGGGACCUUUUGCUUGCAAUGCACAUUCCUUGCCACUGAGUUAAGGGUAGGGGUGGGGACCCUUACCCUAAUCUCAGGCACAGAAGGAUUCCUAUCACUGAAACGCUUGCACCGCCUCCCUUGAUGAGCCUCAUGCUUUGCUUUUGUCUCUUGCAGAAUUUUGCCAAAGAGUUUGUCAUCAGUGACCACAAGGAGCUGGAUGAGGAUUAUAUCAAGAGCGAGCUGAAGAAAGCUGGGGGUGCCAAUUACGAUGCACAGGCAGAGUAA